GUGCAUGAGAACGAGGUGAAGGCUUUAAAAGACGAGGUCACGCAGAAGAACUGGCAGUUGAAGCAGAUGAAGCAGGCGCAGAACUUCUUGGAGACCCAACUCUUGAAAAACACCCAGAGCCCGAACGAGCGGACCGCGGGGAGCCUGGAGAAGAUGCUGCAGGUCACCGAGGAGCAGCUGUCGCAUGUCCGGGGUGCUUUCUAUGACCUGCAGAAGGAGGAGCACAGGCUCCGCGAGUUGUGUGAAAGCAGCACCGCGGAGCAGAAGGAGAUGGCAGAGCGCUUGGAGCAGGAGAUGUCCGAGAACGGGCUCUUGCAGUCCGAGAUCGCCCGGCUCUGCAGUGUUGAAGAGGAUCAGAAGCAGAUGAUUCAAUCUUUGGAGACGGAACACAUUGAGUUGAAGGAGACUAUCAAAGAGCAGCAAGUAAGGUUGGAGCGCACCCUCGCGCGCCUCAUGCGCCGCGCCGCCAAUGCCGAAGCCGCGGCGUCGCACUGCGAGUCCGGCGCCGCGGCCGGCGCCGUGGAGGGCGCCGUGGAGGGCGCCGUCCGCCCGGCGCCGGCGAGUCCGUCGUCGGUGCGAAGGCCAAGCGCCACCGGCUUGAACCCCUUGGGGGCUGCCCCAGUGGAACUGGAGGACACGGAUUGGCCCAGUUCAGAUCACAAGCUGCGUGGUGCAGAGGAGAAGGCCGAUAUGGAUGGUGCUGCGCGGGUUGAUGUCCAAGAGCGUUGUACCCAGCUUGAGAAGCUGCUGCGGGAACACUGCGUGCAGCUCUCCCUGCUCCCAGCGCAGCAAAUGCAGGAAGAGGCGAAUCAACUCAUUACCACGGCUGAAAGCUUGGGCUGUCAAGUGGAAGCUGUGAACGCUCAGGUGCGCCUCUGCCGCUGCGGCAACGUGUUGAUGGACGACGCCCGGUUCUGCCGGAAGUGUGGUGGACAAUGGACGCCCGGUGAAGCAGGCGGCGCCAGUUCUCAGCAGCUGGCAGCGGAGGUGUCGUCACUGCGCAUGAAGAUCCAGGAGUCGGAGCAGGUUCUGCGCGAGUUCACCAAAGAGUCUGGUGCUUCCACUGGCACUGAAAGCAGCUUCACCAUGUCACGGAUCUUCCGACCGAAGGAUGGAGCGAUGCUCCAGGUGGAGGAGAUCUCACAAGAAGAGCUGCAACAAAGGGACGAGCUCUUACGGCAGAGGAGGCACCUCGAAGAGCUCAAGCAGGGGAAGCUGCUGGCCGAAGCGAAGCUUCUGGCGCAACGCUGCAUGGACCUGUCCAAGGAGAGCGGAGUCGACGUGAUGGCGGCCUUGGACGAGGAGGCGCUGACCUGCUUUGGGUGUGAUGGGGUGAACUGCCAAUACAGGCGGCAAGUGGAAGUCCUGCAAGAGAUGGUGAAGACCUUGCGAGGGCUUUGUGGUCAGCUGAGCGAACGGCUGCAACAAGCCACAGGUGAGCACUUGCAGAUGUCCAUGGCCUUGACCUCCAUGCAAGGGUCGCUGGAAGCAGCCGCCCAGGCGGUGGAGCAAACGAGCCAGGAGGUCGAUUGGGCCGUGGACUCGGUGUCCGGCGGCGAGACGGGUGGCUCGACGGGUGGCUCCGGGGGGGUCACCUUGGCCGAGGCGAAGGCAGCUUCGCCAGAAGGGUCUUCUUGGCUCCGCUUGUUCAUGGAGCCUAGCGUCGCUGCCGCUAGGCGCAGCUGA